AGUAAAUAGGUCGGUAGCAUUUAAUUAAAACUCAAAAUAUUAAAUAAUAUAAAUUGCUAAUUUCUGAUCACGCCUAGUUUCAUCGGUAUCUCUUCAAAGCCCUAAAUCUCCCAAUUUCAAUUGCGAUAAACUUGUUCAGAGGAAAAUCCUUAUCUUACGUUACUCAGAUUUGUACAAAGAAAGCUAUUAUGAGAUUCAGAAAAGGAAGCAGAGUUGAGGUUUUAACCCUCAGAGAGACACCUUAUGGCGCGUGGCGAACGGCUGAGAUUCUUUCAGGCAAUGGUCACACCUACAACGUUCGAUAUUACUCGUUCGGGGUUGCAAAAGACGAGACAUUGGAGGAGAGAGUUGCGAGGAAGAUGAUCAGGCCUUGUCCUCCGCUAAUCGAUGUAUACAGGUGGGAAUCUGGCGAACUAGUUGAGGUUCUUGAUCAUGUUUUCUGGAAACCCGCUACUGUCCUCAAGGAGUUGUCGGGACGAUGCUAUGCUGUUCGGUUACUUGGUUCCGCCUCGGUGGAGCUUACUGUUCAUAAAGUUAACCUCAGGGGUAGACAAUCUUGGCGAGAUGAAAGAUGGGGUCUGAUCGAAAAGGUGUCUUGUUCUGUGAAGUCCUCUACGUUGACUGGUUCUUAUGUAAACCAGAAGAAGCUUAAGCCACGUGAGAGGAGUGUUGUUUCUAUAAGACUGGUGAAGAGACCUUCACCCUGUGAGUCUGCUGAAUCUUGCACGGGAACUCCUAAGAAGAUGAGAUUGACGGAAGGAGGUGCUGCUACUUGCUGUCAAAUGGUGAGGGUAAGAACAAAAAGGUUUAGUGAUGAUGCAUGCUCGGUUGGUAGUUGUAGCCCUAUUAGAUAUGAUGAGUCAACUUCUUUUCUAGAUGGUGGUUCUAGCCAAGACGCAGACUCUUAUACUAGUGAUGCAGAAUCUUCAAAAGGAUGCAGACAAGAAGUGAGGAGGUUCUGUAGGCCUGAACUGUCCACGUACCGGAGUACACUGGGGAAGUUAUUUGCUCAAGGACCGCUUAACUGGGAUCAGGAAGCAUCACUAACGGAUCUCCGACUUUCGCUGAAUAUAUCAAAUGAUGAACAUUUGAUGGAGAUAAGAAACCUAACGUCUUCUGCUGGUACUUCCCUGCAAUGUGGAAUCAGCUGUUACAUAUUGUUCUUUUCCAAGAGGGUUCUUAUAGUGAUGAUCUGUAUAGGCAACAGAGUGGAAGAAAGUAUGUAUGGAAACUCCAAUCCUUAUUGUGAUGUUCUUCUUCUUAUAGUCAGCUUAAUUUUCUUUUGUUAUAAUUUUGGGAUAUUGAACUACAAAAUGUUACAGUAUAUGUGCUUUAACAUAAGUCAUGUUUUGAGGAUUGAGUUUUUUUUUUGGUCGUCUUUCAUUGAUUUACGCUUUAGAUUCUGUUGGAUAAGCUAUUUGUAUUUUCAUUAUUAUUGGUUGGAUUAUGGAACUUCCCUACAUUUUUUCAGGAACAGUGCUGCAGAUCUUGCUUCUAGAGAUCUUUACUCAGAUGCAUUGGGUUUACCUAUCCGUGCAAAACACGAGGCCCCUUCUUACUCAAAUACAUAAGUUAAAUUGUACUGUCUUUUUCUUUUUGGUUAUUCAAAACUGAUCUGUUGCAGGUGUUGUUGGAUCAACUCUGUUCACAGGCACUUGAUAUGUUCCUGUUCUAAGGAGGAAAUUCACGGUCUGGUUGGAUAAGUUCGGUGAUAACAAAGUGCAUACCUGAGAGACUAUUGAGUUGUGCCAAAUACUUACGACAGUAGUCUUUUUAAUCUUUCAGUAGGUAUGAUUCUCAUGAUAUCUCUUCUAAACACUCUGAAUCCGGAGCUGUCCAUUUUCGUUAGUUUCUGCUAUGUAUACUUCAAUUCAAUACUAAGGGGGAUUCAUAUGUUUGAAUAAAACAAAAAUUAGAUGGGCGUUUUAUUAAGUUUGGGGUCGUUACAUUAUCUUUGAUUGUGAUGCUAAUGAUGUUAUUCAAGGUCUCUUAAGCUU